GGCUGUGUCCUUAUCCUCAGUAGGAAUUUUGUCCAGUAUGCUUGCUUUGCAUUAUUUGGAAUCCUUGCUUUACAGGUAAGUCUAAACUUGUUUUUCUUAAUCGUAUAUGGCCUGAAUACAGUGGAAGAUUAAGCAUAAAGAAACCAUGCAUGAUACUAUAUUCUGUUUAUAAUAAUCUUCAUAGCUAAUUAAAUACCUAAGGGAAACCAGAGUCUCACUAAAUCUUCUUACCAUUUCAGACUAUUGCCUACAGCAUUUUAUGGGAUCUUAAAUUCUUGAUGAGGUGAGUCCUUUGUUUGUCUUUUUCAUUUGAACCAAUGAGAGCCAAGUUAGUGAUCAUAAGUCUUUAAACAUUCCUUCCGUGAAGCACAGAUCAGAGCCACACCCCUCAGCGAAUGAUACAUCUCUCAGUGCAAAACUGCAAAUACACUGCUGAACUAUUUCUCUCUCUCUGCCUCCUCCUUUCCCUCUCCAGGAACCUGGCCCUGGGCGGGGGGCUCCUGCUGUUGCUAGCCGAGUCGCGCGGGGAGGGGAAGAGCAUGUUUGCUGGGGUGCCGUCCAUGGGAGAGCACUCGCCCAAGCAGUACAUGCAGCUGGGAGGACGGGUUCUCCUGGUGCUCAUGUUCAUGACCCUGCUGCACUUUGACCCCAGCUUAAUCUCUGUGAGUUCUGAGCUCUAGCAGAUUUGGGUUCAAAUCGCAUUUGUUCUCUACUUUUGAUUAAGCAUUUGAUCGAGCCUGCCCGGAUGAGGGUGUUUUUUUUGUUCUUUUGGGACUAUUCCAUUGGUUUCAUUGCGAGCUCAAUCAACCACCUCAUGUAUUUGAAAAAACAUUUGAUACUAUUUGAACCCAGGUCUAACCUGUCUGUCAGGCAGUCAGCUUGCGGCUGGCUGCACAGAUGCAUACCAUUAGUGUAGUUGCAGUGUAUUGGCGCUGAAAUGCAUCUUUACAUCAUAAUUCAAGAGAUGGGUACAGGGGAUGUAGUGUAGGUACAUAUUGUCACAUAGUACUACAACUGUUAUACAUGAAAAACAUUUGGGAGUGUUAUCAUAUCCAGUGCAUUUUACGAAAGUCAAUAGGGAUUCAGGCACAUAGUCUUUGUCCCAAAUGGCACCGCAUUCCCUAUAUAUUGAAAUACUUUUGACUAGGGGGGCCCUGGUCAAUAGUAGUGCACUAUAUAAAGUAAAGGGUGCCAUUUGGGACGCAGCCAUAUCAACAUGCUUCUGUAAUCCUAGCACGAGUUGGAAUGAACACUGACUGCUGUCCUUACUGUAUACCUACCCCUCAUUUUAGAUUCUGCAGAACCUGGUGGGCACAGCUCUGAUCGUGCUGGUGGCAAUCGGCUUCAAGACCAAGCUGGCUGCCCUCACCCUGGUGCUGUGGCUGUUUGCAGUCAACGUAUACUUCAAUGCCUUCUGGACGGUGCCCACCUACAAGCCCAUGCACGACUUCCUCAAGUAUGAUUUCUUCCAGACCAUGUCGGUGAUCGGUGGGCUGCUGCUGAUUGUUGCACUGGGGCCUGGCGGGGUGUCCAUGGACGAGAAGAAGAAGUUG